AUGUCAAUGCUCUCUUUUGAGUCCCUCUGCUUAAAAGAGAAUGAUUGUCCAUCACCAACUGAACAGCAGGACACGGAGGAUGAGUUUGACACAGACUUAGAGUCAGACGAAAAAGAAGAGAGCAACAAUAAGACUUCUAUUUCUGAAGUGUACCUCGAGGCCUGCAGGCUGGUGGGUGUAGUUCCAGUCUCCUAUUUUAUACAAAACCUUGACUCCACAACCAUGACCCUCAAUCAUCAUGGGCUAGGACCUUUGGGGUGCAAGGCACUUGCUAUCGCUCUAGUGGCUGAUAUGAAUAUCGAUACUCUCGAACUGGCAGACAAUCAUAUUCAAGCUGAAGGAGCCAAAUACCUUGUGGAGAUGCUGAGGGCUAAUUUCACAUUGCAGCACCUGGAUUUGUCCAACAACUAUCUGCAGUCUGAAGGAGCUGAUUAUAUGGCUAAAGUGUUGCUGGACAACAUUUCAAUCAAAUCUAUGAAACUUUCAGGAAAUGGAUUUUCUGAUGAUGAUGCAAAAUAUUUUGCAGAUGCCUUGUUGACCAAUUCCAGAAUAAAGGAACUAGACCUGAGCCAUAAUGAGUUUUGUGGAAAAGGAGGGGAACAUUUAGGACAACUGUUGGCAAACAACGAGGGUCUUGAGAUGCUGGAUCUCAGCUGGAACCAUCUCAGAAUGAAAGGGGCUGUGGCGUUUUGUGCUGGACUCAAGGUGAAUAUGAUGUUGAAACACCUCGAUUUGUCAUGGAACGGAUUUGGGAAUGAGGGUGCCCUCGCCAUGGGAGAGGCCCUAAAAUUCAACAACACUCUGGUGCACCUCAACCUUAACAACAACCGCCUCACCAAUGAAGGCGUCGGCAUGCUUUGCAGGGGCCUCGAGUUCAACGACACACUCCGAGUCCUACUGCUGGCUUACAACUCUCUAACAGUAGAGGGAGCACUGACCCUGGUUAAUGUGGUAAAGAACACACCUAGAACUGCCUUGGAGGAGAUUAACAUAUGUAAUGUGCUGGUAACUGAGACAUUUGUGCACCUGUUGGAGGUGACAUGCCAGGAGCAUCCCGGCCUGGAUGUACAGUACGGAGGGGUCGGUGGUUUUAUUGCUAAGAAGCCACCAAAACGUGUUGAUCCAAUGAAAGUCAUCCAGGAUUAUUUGGAUCAACGCAAGCUACGCCUGUGGGAUUUCUUCCGGAACAUUGACAAAGAUGGCACCAUGCGGGUCCCUGUCGCUGACUUCAGGAAGGCGGUGCAGCAAUCAAGUAUUCCUUUGGAUCGAUACCAGAUCGAGGAGCUGAUUCAGAGACUUGAUCGCGACAGGACAGGAAUGGUAGACUACAGGGGACUGGCAGAUACAAGGAAACAGAUGAUGAGGGAUCACCGCCGCCAGCUGAGGAAGGUUGAGUCUCGUCAGAAGAAGGAGAAGCAGAAGAGCGACCGCAUUCUCAAGACCUUCCAGAGCGCCGUGGACGCUGUGACACCACGCAGCUCAAUGGUCAUAUCUCCAGGGGGUCCCAGAGAUGAUUCAAGUGGUGGCCCGCAGCCCUUCUCUGCCACCCCGCUCAGUUCUUGGCACCAUAUUGUCAUGUCCAACAGCAGUCGCUAUUCCGUCAGUAAUCUGAGCAAUGAGCAUGUCCAUCUGCCCAUGUUGGGAGGCACAACGCCUUACCGUCCCACCAGUUCCCCAGGGAUGCGCUCCUACUCCCAGCCCAACCUGCUGGAUGACUCCCCCCGCUCUGCUCCAGGGAUAUCUGUCUCUGCCCAAGGUAUACGCUCCGAUUCAGAGUUCGGCCACAGCAAGCUAAGCCCCACAGCAAACCACCUGACCAGGUCCAGGCCGGCUCUUGACGCCAAGCAGCCAGUGGUUAAAGCCAAAACCAAGAAAGUAAAGAAAAAGAAAACAACAAAACGUGUGGAUAAAGACUUGAAGAAUACAAAUGUCAAAUUAUAG